CAUGGGUCUUUCAAAUCGAAACCGGUUUCUGUCAUGUUUCUGUCUGUUCAAAUGUAUCACGAUAUUUCCAACGUUUUCUCAAUAGCUUUAUUUGUUUCGUGUUAGCUAAAACAGUGAAGAUCGACCUCAGGAUGGCACAAUCCUUAAACCAGCCGAAGAAAACGAAUAAAACGCAAAAUAUUCUAGUGGCUGUAAGAGUCAGACCAUUUACCGACGAUGAGAGAAGCAAAAACUCAAAGAACAUCGUCAAUUGCGUUUCGCGCCAUGAGCUGCAAUGUAAAGAUAAAAAAUACCAUUUUGAUAAAGUGUUCGACUUCAGCAGCUCCCAAUUGGAUGUGUAUCAAUUUGCUGUGGGCCCCAUGAUUAUAGACGUGCUGGCUGGCUAUAAUUGCACAGUUUUCGCAUAUGGUCAGACUGGAACUGGUAAAACGCACACUAUGGUAGGAGACGAUAAGGAUCUCACUACCAAAAAUUCGUGGAGAGAGUAUGAAAUGGCUGGAUGCAUUCCAAGAGCUGCGGCAAACAUAUUUGAGGAACUACGGAUGCGGAAUGUGCGUGAUUAUGAUGUUACCGUCUCAUUCCUUGAGCUCUACAAUGAAGAGGUGAGAGACUUGUUUAACGCAGAAUGGUCGUGCUCUCCACUGAGCAUCUUCAACGAUACCAAAGGAGCUGUGUGCAUCCAGAAUCUGCGAUCAGUAUCAGUGGUAAACAGUUCAGAAAUUUUCAAUCUGCUCAAAGAAGGAAUGUUUAAAAGGCAAACAGCGGCGACGUUGAUGAACAAUCAUAGUUCGCGUUCACAUGUGGUGUUCACCAUCACUGUUCACACUAGGGAAAUCCUGUCCAAUGGUGAAGAGGUUUUAAAAACUGGCAAGUUGAAUCUUGUGGAUUUGGCUGGAAGUGAAAACAUUGCCAAGUCGGGGGCAAAAGAUAAGCGGGCCCAAGAGUCGGCGAACAUUAACAAGUCGUUGCUAACGCUGGGCAGAGUCAUACAAAUUCUUUCCGAAAAGAACAGCAAGCAUAUUCCUUAUAGAGAUUCGAAACUUACAAGAAUCCUCCAGGACAGUUUGGGCGGUCACACCAAAACUUGCAUUGUUGCGACUGUGUCUCCUUCGUACGCGUCCCUUGAGGAGACACUAAAUACUCUGGAAUAUGCUAGUAGGGCACGAGACGUAAAAAAUACUCCAAUGAUUAACGAGAAGGUCACCAAAGCCCAGAUGAUCAAAGGGCUGUCCUCAGAAAUUGAUAGACUGAAAAGGGAUUUAUAUGCUACCAGACUUGAACAUGGCAUUUUCCUCGAUCCUGAUAAUUGGAAGGAAUUGAAUGACCGCCUUGAAGCCAAUUCUCAAAUUGUGUCCGCCCACACUGAUACCAUCAAUCAUUUGCGGAAUAAAAUUUCAGAUUUAGAAGCCAUUCGCCAAUUCAAAGAGCAAGAGUUCGACGAAAUCAUGAACCAAUGCAAGCAAAAGGAGAAAUUGAUCGAAAAGGCCAGGGAUUGCUUGAAAGUUCAUCGCAUUUCCAUUAAACAAGAGCAGUACUUAUCGAAGUGCUAUGCAGACGCCGCUAAUGAGACAGAUGCGAAAGUCAAGGAACUAUUGGAAAUCACAAAGGAUUACUCUAGAUGCCAAGAGGUGCUUCAUCAGAAACUUGAGACUCAGUAUUUGAAUAACAUGUCCAAUGAAAAACUGAUUGCGGAAAAAUCGGGUUCCAUCUGUAGGGAAUCCAAAGUGGCUUGUAAUAAAUUCGGUCACUUCCUACAAGACACUCUAGCCCUUGUAGGCAGGCAGAAUUAUCAUAUUAGUUCUGCGAAAAACGAUUGCGAAAGUUACGAAAGAAGAUUGAAUACGUCUGAACAUGGACAAGCUUUGCAGUCGAUUUUUCAGAAACACUCACUACUUUAUAAAGAACAAUCCCUGCAACUGGCAAGCAAACUAACUGCGAUUAAUGAUGCCGAACUGCAUCACAGUAUCGAACGCGUUCAGGAUAGUGUACUUCGGCAUCUUUCUGAUUAUGACGAUAUGAAUACAACCACUUUUAAAACAGUGAGGGACACUCUGAAUACCAUAAGAGGGAAAUUGAAGACGGACAGAAGAAGAAAAGAGGCACUUUUAAAGGAAUUACAGUUAGAUAUUUUGGGAUAUGAUGGCAUAUUGAAGGACAUUGAAGAAAUCGAUGACUACUAUAGCGAUCAGAAGAGAUUAAGCGAUGACAAGAAAUCGCAACUUGUGACUGAAUUUAAUGAUGUUAAACUGGGCGUUACAACACUGAUUAACGCUAGUAAGGCUCAUAUCAAAUCGAAUGUGGAGAUUUGCGAAAAGGAGAGGAACAAAGAACUAGACAACACUCAUAAGAAAAUCCGAGAAGACAUUGAGCUGCAGUUAACUGGAGAACUAAGUAAGGAACUAGCCUUUGUUCAAAGCCAGAAAGAGCGGCUACAUUCGCUUCAAGAAGACACUAAAAAGUUUGGCGCCCUUAUCGAAGCGAACGCAUCAGAUACGAACAGUAUUUUGCUUGCUAUCGAGGACAUUGGAAAAACUAUGUCUUCACAAUUGACAAAAUCAGAACGUGUAGGCGAUACCCCGAAUAAGAGGCGGUUUAGUUUUACGCCAUUCCGAACAAAUGGUGCUUUGCCUAGAGACAUUCUUAUCAAUAAGUUCCAAGAGGAAUAUUCAGAGCAUAUUGGAAAUGAAUCUUUUACUUUAAAUCUUUCUUUCGAAGGAACCGAUGGCAGCAAUUCAGAGGAAGUUUCGAUAGGUGCAGAAAGCCAUCAUACUCUGACCCCGAAUAGUUAGUCUGCAGUCUCAUAGAUUGUAAGCAAUAGUGAACUCUGAAUUUUCCUCUGCUGGUACGAGUAAUUGCGCGCAUGUUUUAAUUUGUUAAGUGAUUUAGUAUAUACGACGGAAUUUAGUCUUAGAAUAGAAUAAAUAUAUUUUUAUAAUUUACAUGUUUCGCCGAGUAAGAUGACCCUAAUCAAUUUCUUAGUUUAUAAGCCAAUUGUUUAAUUAUAUUUUUUAAAUUCUUGAAGCAAUAAAACAAGUUCAAUUUUUAA